GUUGCUCACAGAUACAAUGUACCUCAAACAUCUCUUUUACCUUUUUUCUAUAUACCUCCUAGCUGUUAACGUCAGUGCCGAAGUCAAUGUCCACGAAAAGUUAUCGAAGUUGUUUAAUGAAUGUGUUAAGAAGGAAGAGGUGAUAAAGUGCUUCAAGAUCCACGCCCUUAAGGUGCUUGAUAGGGCUCUUCACUCCAAAAAACUGUACCUCAAUGAUUAUGUGCAAUUGGUAGUCAGCGAUGUUGGUAGGAGCUUCAACAGUAGGUUGACCAAAAACGACUCAAAACUGGAAGAACUGAAGAGUGAAGCCAUAGAUGAAAUGCUGAUGGACACAGCUUCGAAAUUCUUUGAAUCUCACAAGUUGGAGGUGAAGCUGCCAAACCUCAUCGAUGAAGGUAGAAGAACAGGAGGAGGAGGUGGUGGUGGAGGAAACAAAGGAGGAGGAGGUGGCAACAUUGGAGUCCUCCUUGGAGCCUUGGCCAUCAAAGGAACCUUCCUCGCUAUGGCUUACAAAGGAAUUGCCAUCAUGUCUGGAACUGCCCUUCUUGUAGGUAAGAUGGCGUUGAUGCUGAGUGCCAUAUUGGGUCUUAAGAAGCUUGUAGGAGGCGGUGAGAAAACCACCUUUGAGAUUGUUAAACACCCCAAAUACUCUGAGAGCCACAGCCACUCAACGUCUUACGAAGAUGAUGGGUAUUACCACCACAGAAGGGCCUACUUGGAAGAACCGUCACCUCAAACAACAACUUACAAAUUUUAUACAACGAAGUGAAGAGACUGAUGUGGCAUUUGUUUUGGGUUGAACGUACUUCUUCUGAGGUAUUCUGAAGGUUUACCUUUAAGAAUGAGUUACGUGAACUGAGGU